GUUUUUAUUCUCGCGACAACAGAUUCCUAUACGGCCUGGUGUCUCGUUCCACUCCGUAAUGUUUUAAAACACACACCGGCUUAACGAAGAAUAACUUACCUCCUCAAAGUGAAAUAUAAUGAAACAGAAUUCCCGGGGAAAAGUGUAAUAGUGAAGAAAAGAUUAUUAUAACACCUGAAUAUUAGUUGGAGAGUUUUAAUGUUAUCGGUUGCCAUACCUUGAAGUACUUGUUAUCUGCGACAUUGCACACCAACAACAGGACAUAGCAACGCCACCUCAUUUAUUCCCCGGAGACGCCGCCUCGCCGCCUGUGCACCUCCGCGGCCCCCACCUUCAGCGAUGUGGCUGCGUUCGGUGCCUCGUCUGCGGGCGCCCUUCCUGUCUGCGUCUGCGCCCCGCCUCGCCCUCGGGGACCGGCGCGUCUUGGAGGAACCGAGGCAGCGAAUAUACCUCUCAAGAUCCCUCAGCAGCGGGGACGUGAAAUGGCUCAGGCCUAUCGACAGGGAAUCUCUCUUGUUCCACCUCGUCCACAACCGCGGCAGCAGAAUGGGGAUUUUCCUCAUGACACUCAAUAGCGUGAAUCCUCUUAAGACAGAGGACAUCGAGAGGGCUCUUUUCCACUUACAGAGAAAGAAUCUUGCCAUGCGUGUAGAUAUCCGAAUUCGCGAUGACGUCUGGUGGUUUUGUGAACAAGAUGGAUAUAACGUAGAUUUUAAGAUGCUCAGCGAAGGAGCGAGCUCGGUGGAGGAGUGUCGGCGAAUGUGUGAGAGAGGGUUUCCUGACGGGGCUACCUGGAAGUUCAGAAUGAUUCCUAGGGGGAAGGAGGCUCCCUGUGUCAUGCCAGAAGUCAAGGGGGACUUUCCCUAUCAGUAUGAUGUCCUUAUGACUAGUCACCAUGCGUUAGGCGACGGUCUGAGUGUCUCCUUGAUAGUGAAGCGAAUGGUGGAACUUCUGAAUGACGUGAUUCUCGGGCGCCAUGUUGACGACGAGGUGACCAGUCGGUUUAGCUCUAGAGAAGAGUGUUAUGAAAUCGAAUCAAGAAUAACGAAGAUGUUAGAAGAGGAUCCUCAGCGCCACGACUACGUCAGAGAAACCAUGCCAGACGCCAGUCCAUUAUUAUUGCGAGCAUUUCCACGACCCUCAGGGAAUCGAGUCACCACCGGGUACCUUACGCGCAUCGUCGACCAUGAAGCCACUCAGAACUUCCAAAGGCAAUGCAAGGCCCACGGAGUCACCAUCAACGGUGCAUUCACUGCUGUGAUCAACAUUGCCAUGGCCAGACUUGUGCAGAAGUCUGGAAUCUCGCAGCGGUCUUACCGCAUUGCCAGUAACCAUCGUGUGAGCGUGAACCGGUACCUAAAGCAAACGCCACGUGACGUCAUGGAUGGGUACCCCCUCUACCUGUCCCACAUUUCCAACAUUACAAGCGACCGUGUCACCAGUCAUUUCUGGGAAUAUGCCAAAGAAGUCAACCGAGAACUGAGAGAAGGCCUUACUUCGGAACUCCCUUUUGAGCAGAAGAUGGCUCGCCUCAUGGCCCAACCCAACCUGGUGGAGGAGUGGGCCAGGAACCCACCUCCGGUCGUACAUGACUACGGCAUCACCAACAUCGCCCACUUCCCGAUGCCUGAAAGGCGCAAGGACGACCAGGUCAUGGUGACUGAUGUCAAUUCCGUCGCCAUGGUACAUAAAUACAUCCACAUGCUCCUCUUUCUCGUCCUCACGGUCAGGGGUCGUUGCAGCUAUUCCCUAAGCUAUGCAACAGAUUACUUUACAGACGAUACAGCCAUUCUGUUGGCGGACGAAGUGAUGUCAGUCUAUCGGGAAGUGAGUGAAAUGAAGGAAGCAUAAUUGUAUUAAACCCAAGUACUGAAGCUUGUUUAUGAUACAGUAGUCUUGAGUAAAAUCAACCAUAUGAACGGUGAGUUAAGAAACACCAAGAAAUGUAUAUUAUUGUCAAUGAUAUUAUUAAGUCAAAUUUCCAAAUUUCGGCAACCUAGAGAUCUAACUGGUGCCGGAUUAUAGAUAUUUCCGAAAUAUUUGUUGAAACAAAAUCCGGAAGGCCACUGAGAUAUACGCAAAUGUAACACAGUGUUGACUUAAAACAUAACAGUAAAUAUUCAUACCAAAUAGUGAAGAAAUAUAGCCAAUAUAAUGUACUUUGAAAAAUGCAAUUAUGCUAUACUGUGGUCUUGGUGUAAAUAAAACUUUGUCCAGUUAUGAGUCUAAACGAAUAACAGAAGAAAGAAAAAUAACAGAAUUCCAGAAUAGAGAAGUUCAAAAUGUAGUGAUCAUUAUUACAAGCUUACUUUUGUUUUCUUGUAAUGGUGGUCACUUUACUAUGAAAACGCAAAUUUAUUAUAAUAAUACAUAAAAAUGAAGUGAUCUGAUACGAUAAUGAUUAGUGUAAUAUUGUCGAUUUUAAUAAUAGUAAUGAUAAAGAUGGUAAUU